GCAAGCCCAGGCCGCAGGCGCAGAGGCAGCCCACCACCCGUCACCUCACUGCUCUCUGCCCCCUCCUCCUCUGAUUUUGAUGCGCUGCACGCCAAAGCGAGCCCUGCUCUGUGUGUGUGAGUGAGAGAGAGGGGAGGCAUUGAGCAGCGGGUGCAGUGACGCAGUGGCGUUUUACUGCGCCUGCGCGCUCACAGGCUCCAUACAUAUCCCCCGUGUUCCGCUUCCUCUCUCUCCUCUCGCACCAUUGCGGUGGAGACGGACGAGGGAGAGCGAGGAGGAUUGGAGGAAGGGAGCAGGAGCGGCGCAGCAGAUCAGGUGGGGAUGGGACGGAACGCAUGGGGGCUGAGGCGACAAUGCUGCUCAGGAGGGUGGCGGCGGCGGACGAUGGCGCCGGGGCGGGCGCGGGCGUAGGGAGGCCGCGGCUCUUCGCCGUGCCCAGGCUGCUGGUGGGGCUCGGGGCGGCCAGGUGCGGCGCCGCCGCCCCGGACUGCGACUCGCCGACGGCUGCGCGCAGCCCGACGUCGCCGCUCGACCUCAGGCCCUUCGCCGCGCUCGGCGGCUCCAUGCUCCGGUCGCCGCGCUCGCCCAGGAGCUGGGACUCGCACCGCGUCGGGCUCGGCGGCCUCGUCGACGACGAUGCCCUCGCCGAGCCCGCCGCCGGCGCCAGGAACCGCCUGCUGGGGACCCAGAUGCGGCAGCCGUUCAAGCUGCCGCAACGCCUCAGCAAAUCCUUCACCACCCAGCCGAGGGACUGCGGCCAGGCCGCGCCCCCGGUGCUGGGGAAUGUGGGGACCGCCGCAGGCGCCGGCGCCAGCGGCAAGCCGGUGCUGUGCAGCAGGUCCUACGGGGAUGUGAAGUCUGGUCCAGAGGUCACCGUGCCUGGCGGCGCUCAGCCCGGCGCGAGCAGCCACCCUGCCGAUCUCGGCAAGCUCCGGGCGUCCGGGUCCCUGCCGGCGUCGAUCGGCGGCCCGCGCCGGUACAUCGGGUCCGUGUCCGCGACGGAGGUGGAGCAGUCGGAGGACUACACCUGCAUCAUUGCGCACGGGCCUAACCCGAAGACCACUCGCAUCUAUGGGGACUGCAUCUUGGAGCCCUGCACUGUUCGUGUGUCUGGCGGUGAGAGCAUGAAUGCCAUGGAAGUGAAGGAAGGAGCUGAGUCCUACUGGCUGGUGAAGUGCUUCGAUGACGGCGAGGCCGGCGAGGAGAUCCUAAGCUCCUGCGUCUCUUGCAAGAAGAAGCUGGAUGGCAAUGACUCCUGCAUUUAUCGCGGUGAGAAGGCAUUCUGCAGUGGGAAUUGUAGGGAUAAUGAAAUACUUACUGAAGAGAACAGCAUAGCAAUAUCCUCCCUCAGCUCAGCUAGCUCAUCUUCUUCCUUCAACGAUGACAUAUUCAUGGCCGAAAUGGUUGUGCUGACGGCACCAGUUGAUGCUUACCUCCCCUGAUAAUGGAGCAAUGCUCCGCGAGCCAGGUAGAUGAUCAAUAAUGUCAAACGGUGCAGUUUUCACCACCGCCAUCAUCGGUUUGCUGGUUUUGUAAGUUCUGUUCCAGCAUUUGAGAAAUUCAGUGGCAUUGGUCAUUUAUUGAGGAUUGGAAGCUCCAUCUAGAAUUUGCCGAGACCUUAUCCCUCGGCUUUUAGAACGGAGAGCUUGCCUGCCUUUAGCAUUGUAAUUUUGGUCCUAAGGCUACAGGCAUUGCAGGUUCCCUUCUUUUCAUUUUCUCUCUUCUUUGGUUUCAUUCUGAGCAGCAAUGACGAUGUUUUCAUGCUGUAAGUUGCAACAAUAUUUUGAGAUAAUGGCAUUGAGCUGCUUUUUCUGCUGAUUCGAGCAGUAGUGAUUACUAUGACAGUGGUAUGAUGAUGCCUUGUUUGCUGUUGUUUUGUGACAAGAGCUGGAACCACUGAUAUGAGGAGUGCCAUUAUGUUUGUAAAUCAUGUUGAAA